AAAUUGUGUGGGGUGUGGUACGUGACUUCGUGAGCAAAUCAUAUCAGCAUGGCCGACCAGCUUACUGAGGAGCAGAUUGCCGAGUUCAAGGAGGCGUUCUCGCUGUUUGAUAAGGAUGGUGACGGCACCAUCACCACCAAGGAGCUGGGCACGGUGAUGAGGUCACUGGGACAGAACCCCACUGAGGCCGAACUCCAGGACAUGAUCAACGAGGUGGACGCGGACGGCAACGGUACAAUCGACUUCCCUGAGUUCCUGACUAUGAUGGCGCGGAAGAUGAAAGACACGGACUCCGAGGAGGAGAUCCGGGAGGCGUUCCGCGUCUUUGAUAAGGACGGCAACGGCUUCAUCUCUGCUGCGGAGCUUCGGCAUGUGAUGACGAACCUAGGCGAGAAGCUGACUGACGAGGAGGUAGACGAGAUGAUCCGGGAGGCGGACAUCGACGGUGACGGCCAGGUCAACUACGAAGAGUUCGUGACGAUGAUGACGUCCAAGUGAGCAGCGGGACAUCCGGUGCGUGCCGUUUUUGGAGAACAUCCGGACAGUGUACAUGGCUACAUUGUGGGAUGUGGCUGGCGCCGGCCGGCCGGCCAUACCGUCGGCCCAACAUCACGGCCAGCGCGGCCGCCGCCGGCCGGGAGCGCGGUCCGCCGCCUCCGCCGCGUGACGACCACCAGCCCUAUACAUUCCUGAUUUUUAUACGUCUCCACUGUGGUAGUUGGGUCGCCAGCUAGCCGCGACCGUCGCCAUGUGCUGUCAUCACCGCUCUUCGUGUCCACCAUUUUAUUCUUUGCGUUCCCCCGUGAUGCGUUCUUUUUGCGUUUCCAGCGUGGCUCUUGAUUUCAUGAAAGGCAGACGUUUUGCCGGCGUGCAAGCGCUCAUAGGCGAGUGGAAGGUACAUGCAGAUACCAAUGUCAGUCAAACGUGAUUAACAGUGAUUUAGCGAUGAAGAGCAUGGUAAUAUAUGAUGGAGGUCCGCGUGAA